AUGUCCAGUACGCAACUGUCUGUGACGCAGUUGUCCGAGAAACAAAUGUCCAGAGCGCAAUUCUCUGGUACGCAGUUGUCCGAGAAUCAAAUGUCCACGGCGCAAAUGUUUGGUACGCAGUUGUCCGGGAAGCAAAUGUCCACUUCGCAACUGUCUGUUACGCAGUUGUCCGGGAAGCAAAUGUCUACUACGCAACUUCCUGUCACACAGUUGUCCGGGAAGCAAAUGUCCACAACGCAAGUAUCUGUUUCUCAGUUGUCCGUGAAGCAAAUGUCCACUACGCAACUGUCUGGUACGCAGUUGUCCGGGAGCAAAUGUCCACUACGCAACUGUCGGGUACACAGUAGUCCGGGUAGCAAAUGUCCAGUACGCAAUUCUCUGGUACGCAGUUGUCUGGGAAGCAAAUGUCCACUACGCAAAUGUCUGGUACUCAGUUGUCCGGGAAGCAAGUGUCCAGAGCGCAAUUCUCUGGUACGUAGUUGUCCAGGAAUCAAAUGUCCAGAGCGCAACUGUCUGGUACGCAGUUGUCCGAGAAUCAAAUGUCCACUGCGCAGUUGUCUGGUACGCAGUUUUCCGGGUUGCAAAUGUCCACUACGCAACUGUCUGCUACGCAAUUGUUCUGGAAGCAAAUGA